AGAAGCAGAAACUGGUAUAAUAUGUCAAAACGCAGGUCUGUCUGUCAGUAAAGUGUUGAUAGAAACUGAAGUUAAUCGUCUUCAGGAUUUGUUUUGUAUUCAGUGUUUACUCACCUAUUGAACAUGGGGUUCCUGUUGACCAAGAUGAUGUCUGUGUUCGGAGACAAAGAACACAAAGUUAUCAUAGUGGGUUUGGAUAAUGCUGGGAAAACAACAAUCCUCUACCAGUAUCUGACAAAAGAGGCCGUCCACACGUCACCCACCAUUGGCAGCAACGUUGAGGAGAUCAUUGUCCGCAACACUCACUUCAUGGUUUGGGACAUCGGGGGACAGGAGAGUCUGAGGGCCAGCUGGUACUCCUACUACUGCAACACAGAGAUUGUCAUUCUGGUUGUGGACAGCACCGACCGUGAAAGGCUGACUGUAACAAAAGAGGAGCUGCAUAGAAUGCUUGCUCAUGAGGACCUGCAAAAUGCUGCCAUUCUAGUUCUGGCAAAUAAGCAAGACAUAAAGGGCUCGAUGACAGCGGCGGAGAUCUCUCAGUGCCUCACGCUCGACUCCAUCACAACACACUCCUGGCAUGUCCAAGCCUGCUGCGCUCUAACUGGAGAAGGUCUUCCUGCCAGCUUGGACUGGAUGAAAGCGCACGUUGUUGCAAAAUGAUGCUCCCUAGAGUGGAUCGAACUUCUUAAAGAAAACUGAGCCUCCCCCUAUCUGUGCUAAGGAGGCUGCAUUGUCAGUAUGAUUUACAGCAAUUCGGGCCAGUGUAAUAGAAUCUGAAGCAAAGCCGACUCGCCACUCCGGCUUUGUUUUUGCAAAGGAGAGCUGAUUUGAUUCAGCCUCAGCACGAACAUAAACCUUAGAGGUUUUAGAGCUAUUUUUUUAAAUAUAAUUCUUACUGAUCUAUGCCUUUGUAUGUUGAUAAUGCGUCAGUUGAUGUUUACUUUCUCCUUUUUUUAAUCUUAAACUAUGUUGCACUGCUCCAUCUUUUUAGGAGAAAUGCAUAAAAGUCCGGUAAAACAACCCCUAUCCCAUUAGGAUGCAUUCAUAAAAUAACCACUUUUAUCGAUCUUAAGCCCAUCGAUUGUGCAAAACCUUCCACAGAAAUACAAAUAAGGGAGAAGAGUUCUAUGUAAAGACAUGUCUGUCUGGUUUACAAAAUUAUAAAUAUCACAACAAAACAGUUCCUUUAAGUGGAAUGUAUUUAAAUAAUUAUAUAUGCACGCUUCAGAGGGGUCAAUUUCUCUUCUUAGUGAUAAAAAAAUUUGAAGAAUC